UUCCUCUUCAGAUAACGUGUUUAAAAAUGACCAUUUCUUCGACCCAUUUUCCACAUUAUACCUGAAAGAAAAGACUUGCCGCCUCAAACAAACAAUAAAUUUAGCAACUUCUCUCCAACUUCAAUAGCUGACCGCCUUGAUUGCUUCAAAUGCAAUACGAAAUCCCAAGUCCAUAUAAGGCAUCCCCCCAUCUCUUGAUUUCUCAUAUGCAAACCGCUCUCUAAUCUUCUCCAUUUCUACUUUGCUGGAUAAACUCAUUCCUAACACUAGCUAGGCACGUACAGACUUGGAAAUCUUUUUCUGUUUCUUGCUAAGAACAAUAAUUUAACUACCGCGUUCCAAUGGAGAAGGCAUCAUCAAGCAAAAGAACUCCAUCUUUGGUUAGUCUCCACUUACUUAUUUCAAUUUUCAUCUGGGCACAAGAUUUUUUGUCAAGAUCUUGGUCUUCUCUCCAAUUCCAACUCAACUUUGGUGACUCCAACGUUUGGGCUGAGAACAAUAAUAAUGAAGUUGAGCUGAGCCAGCAGCAGACUUGCUCCAGUGAAAAGAAAAAUAAAGGCAGCUUGAGCAGAGGAGAUGCAGAAAUGGUCAUGCAAAAAUUGGGAAUUUUUUGCAGCCCAGAAGGUGAGGAACUUCAAGAGUGGUUCAGUUCCAAUGAGAUUUCAGGGCUGUUUGAUGAGAAGGAGCCAAGCUUGGAGGAGGUGAAGGAAGCUUUUGAUGUGUUUGAUGAGAACAGAGAUGGGUUUAUUGAUGCAGGGGAGUUGCAGAGAGUUCUCUGUAUUUUGGGCUUGAAGGAAGGAAAACAGAUGGAGAACUGCAAGAAAAUGAUCAGGAAAUUCGAUGAAAACAGAGAUGGAAAGAUAGGUUUCAAUGAAUUUGUAAAAUUUAUGGAGAGCAGCUUUUGCUGAAUCAUUCGUUUUUCCUUCUGGAAAUAUUUAUAAAACUUCUUUGUUAUGUGAUUCCAAUUUCUU